AUGGACGCAGACGAUGACCCAGCGGCCGAGGAAGAGCGAGCCGAGAAGGAGGAGGUUCUGAACGACACCCUCGGCAAAGCGAAGCAGGUGGUCGAUGUAUUGAAGCGCGUUGAUUCCGAGAUGGAUGCUUCCAAGGCCCAGCUGGUCGAGAUCGGUGACAAGGCCGUCGACUUCAAGGCUCGCUUUCGCUUCCGAAAUGCAGCCGCUGCCGCAAGUGCUGCUGCGCAGCUGGCGUCGCAGCCCGGCGAGGUCAAUGGUCGACUGCGGACAAUUUCAGAGGAAGCCCAACAGCUGGAAGACCAGAUGGCCUACACCACGUUGGGAAGGCCCUUUCGCUACCGCAUGCGGCUGGUCCGCCUAGCAGGUGAGGCUGAGCGUGCCAGUCAGCUUAUGGAGACGAGAAUCCAGAAUCUACAGGAGGCGCUGAGGAUGCUCAAGAAUGCUGGCGGGGAGUUCGUGGAUGUCACGGACGUGGAUGAGCCUGGCGAGGGCGAGGUAGAUAUUGAAGAAGGGGACGAGUCUACACCGCUUCUGUCAGAAGUCCAAAGUGAUGCUGUCGAAGUGGGGAUGCAUGAGCACGAGACGCCGUAUCCUGGCGAGGGCCAUUGGCAAGAGCAGCACCAUGCGCAAGCAGGGAUGCCGCUGGGCCAGCCCGAGCAGGCGAUGCAGACAUCGCUGAUGGCUGGAGGCCAGGGCAUGAUGGGACAGCCAGGGAUGUUCGGAGGAGGGGGGAUGCAGCCCCAGAUGAAUGGGCACCCGCACUGGCAUGGGUCCUAUGACCCGAUGGAACAGGAGGCCCAGCAGAUGGCGGUGGAGGAGCGAAUGGAAGAGGCUGAGACCACAGCGAUGUCGGGGGUGACCGCGACGAAAGAAGAUGAAGAGGCUAGCGCCAAAGAGAUGGAAGAUGCCAUGGAGGACACCACCUGGUCCAUCGAUGUGCUUCCCGUGCCCCAGCCUUCCGAUGUGGAGCCGCAGGACCCAGCACCAGAUGGCGUUCCACCCUUGCCAGUCCCAAACACAUCGAGCGGUUGUCAGUGUGAUCCUACCGCCAAGUGUGCUCUUCAGGGUCAGCCCUUCACCUGGUGCCGGAUUGGCAGUGCCGAGGACCCUACCUGUGCCAAGCUCGAUGCGGCCGACGAUCCCACCGGCCGCGACCAUGCUUUGGGCGUGCAGGGCAGGCAGUGGGACUAUUGUGUCCCUUCGGAGCCUCUUAAGGAAGAGGAAAGCAUCGGAACCGGUCAGGACGAGCAGUGGGGCCAGAAUGGUGGCGCAAAUCAUGGCGGUGAGUAUGGCGCGUAUGGCUACGAUGCGCAGGGCAUGACCGCAUACGACCCAAACACAGGUGCUCAUUACGAUCAAAUGGGCGUUGACCAGCCGAUAGUGGACGAACAUGCCGGCGAGCACGGCAGCCAUGAAGAGGAGACCCCGGAAGAAGAGUUGACCUCUCACCUGGGCUGCGAGUGCGCACCGCGCCCUGAUGUGCUGCAGCGGUACAUGGAUGACCCGAUCUUCCACAACUUGGAAACGGGUGAAAUCGACAUCGAGAAGAUCCCGUUCAAAGAUCGGAUCGCAGUGGAAGCCACGCAGAACUUCCUAGAGAAUGGAGGUGACCUUUGUCAGCAAACCCCUCACAGCGGCCAGUUUCUCGUGUGCCCAGUGGCCAAGGGCUGCGCUGGCAGCAACGUUUCUGGCCCAGGUGGCGCCCUGCCCAGCGGCUGGUUUGCUGGCGUCAGUGGCAAAAGCUGGGACUUCUGUGCGUCUGUGGGGGCCUCGACAGCGCAAACUGGAGAAGUCAGACAAACCUAUCGUGAAGAGACUGCAUGGCAGUGGCCGUUGAUGGAAAGUGGUUUGGUCCAACCUGAGCAUCACAAUGAGGCAGCUCAAUCAGCUGAGCCCGAAGCAGAGGCCUUGCAUGAACAGUCCUGA